GUGAUGUAAGAGGGUUAGAAUUGCACGACGACAGAUAUAAAAGAAAUGAAAGGUCUUAGAAACGGAAAAAAGAAAGUCUCACCCAAACAAGCAAAAGGGAAGCCAAAAAAAAAAAAAAAAAAAGAUAAAAAAAGGGGGUGGUUGUUGUUUGGUUGAAAACCCUAUAAGAAAAUAGAAAAUCUAGUGAGAAGAGGGAGGAGCAUUUGCAGAAAAAUGGGUAUGCGGUGGGUUAUCGAUGAGGAUGAGAGUGAAGUGUGUUUGGUAGCGAUCUGACAGAGUUAGAAUUUUGGUUUCAGAAUUUUGAGAAUUGAAGAUUGGGAAUCCAGUCAUUGCGAAGAAUAGGUAAACGAAAAAAAAAAAAAAAAAAAAAAAAGAAAGAAAAAGAAAAGUGGUGAGGGGGCAAGGGAAGGACACCAAAGAGAGACUGACAGAAGAGAGUGAGCACUCGCUGCUGGGAAUUGUAUGAGAAGGGCAUACAAUUGGGCGGUGUGUGCUCACUUCUCUUUUUGUCAGCUUCCAUUUAUUUGACUGUGUGUUUCCUCACCUUCCUCCACUCUUUCUUCCUUUUUCUUCCUCCAUAAACCCAAAAUCCAUUUGAGAUUUUGCUUCUUCUUUCUUCUUCUUCUUUUUGUCUCUUAAUUUAUUAUUAGUCUCAGAUGUUGUCAGCUUGUUGUACCAGCUUCCAGAUGUCUUUCUAAACUCGUCCAUAUCUGACCCCAAAACCAAAACCAAAACCCAAAAAAAAAAAAAAAAAAGAAAAAAAAAGUAAAAUAGAAAUUGAAAAAAAAAUGUUAUAAAAAGAAGGGAACUGCGGUAAAUGACACAUCGAUCAGCCAACACAUCAUGAUCCUUAUCCAAAUGUUCAUACCCCAGUCCUCACCCGGAAACUUCCCCCUUUCUCUCUCUCUCCUUCCCACGCUCAUGUUCUUUUUGUUGCUCUCUCUCUUUCAUAUAUAUGUAUAUUUAUAUGUAUAUGUAUAUAUUUGUGGUGGCUGAUCGGAGUUUUGGACGAAUAUAUGGCAAAGCAAAAAAGCAUGUCUAGCAAGGUGCUUUUGAAGUUCAACAUCAUCGUUAUCAGAGAUAAGCGUGCACAAACUCAUACUCCUUCGGUUAUUGAUAUUAUUAAUCAUAAUUGUUGGUACUAAUUAUAUUAUUUUUCCCUUUCUUUUUAUAAAUUCCACCCCAUUUUUUUAUACAGCUUCUUCUUUUUUCUUUUUUCUUUUUUUCAAUUAAAUAUUAUAUAAUUUUAGUAAUAGAAUCAAUUAAUAAAUUAAUUGUGACGGAGGUUGAAAGCGUGACUUUUGAUGGUCCUUCCUUGGUGAAUGGGUGUUUUUCUUCCAGUAGUACCAUUCCUGAUUUACUGUUUACAUUUUAACGGAAAACCUCCUGCUAUGCACGUUGUAUAUAUAUUUUUUGCCCAUUCAAAAACCACCUUCUCAUAUUUCUCUAUCUUCUUCUUCUUCUUCUUCUUUUUUUGGCAUAUCAUGCUGGGUCAAUGGGCAUCGGUCAUAGAUUUAACUUCCAUAUUUAUUUAAAUGUAUUAUUCGUAUCUACUAUUACUUGGUUCAGGUACGGCUUUUUCUCUAAUAACCCAUUUAUGGAUAUUAUAAAACCGGCCCCAAAAAAAUAUAUUCCUGUGGGAUUUUGUUUGGUGUUUUUCUUUUUUUGGGUCUGUUUAUUUGAUGCAGAUUUCCGAGAAUGGGAUUUUUGUUGGAGUGAUAAUAGACAAGGAAAGCCAGUCUCUUUUGUAGCUUCGUCAGUGUGGGUGGUAGCGCCUAAAUAUGGAAACAAUUAAUUGUUUCCUCUUCUGCGCAGAUUAUUUUGUCGUUUUUAGCUCCUUGAAUAAAGCUGUCAAUGAACAAAAUUUCCUAUUACAGCUCUUAUUGUUGUUGUUUGGCGUUUGGGAGGCAACAAAUUGCUACUUCUAUUUACUACAGAUUCGUCAUCCAGAACUGCUAUGGCAGAGGACUUGUCCAGCAUGGUUACCAAUGGAGUGAAUGUUGUUGCAGCAGAAGCUUCAGAUUCGAACAGCAGUGCACACUCAUUUGCUUUGAGCAACCCUGUGAUGCAUGAUUAUGUUGUCUCCUCUACAAAAUUCAAAGGAGUUGUACGGCGGCGGAAUGGACAUUGGGGAGCCCAAAUAUAUGGCAAUCACCAAAGGUUUUGGCUCGGGACUUUCAAGUCUGAGAAAGAGGCAGCCAUGGCUUAUGAUAGAGCAGCAAUCAAGCUUCGUAGUGGCAACUCCCACAGGAAUAUUCCAUGGACAAGAAUCACUGUUGAAGAGACAAAGUUUCAAAACAUUUAUAGCGCAGAAGCUGUGGUCAACAUGAUAAAAGAUGGUUCCUACCAAGCUAAAUUUGCAGAUUAUCUUAGGACUUCCAGAAGAACUGUGGAUACUGAAGUUGGUUUCAACUUAACCAGGGUCCAGACAAGAGGAGUGAUUUGUAGACAACUUUUCCAAAAAGAGCUCACACCAAGCGAUGUAAGCAAACAGAAUAGGCUUGUCAUUCCUAAGAAAUAUGCCAUGACGUAUUUUCCAUGCAUUACUGGAACAGCUGAAGAAGAAAAUCAGGUGGACAACAUGCUGGGCGAUGUGCAGUUGGUGUUCUUUGACAAGAUGAUGAGGUCAUGGAAAUUCCGGUAUUGCUAUGGGAAAAUCAGCCGAAGUUUUGUCUUCACCAGAGGUUGGUGCCGCUAUGUGAGGGAGAAGCAAUUGAAGGCAAAUGACACAAUUACUUUCUUCAUGUGUGAAGAAGGUGCUACAGAGGCACAACCAUUUUUGAUGAUUGAUGCUAACAGAGGUGACGGAAACAGUGGAUUGGUUGAGGGGGCUGACCAAAAUGCUAGCAAAACUAUUACAAAUGAUGAUGAGAAUGGGAAGGAACUCGAGGAUUGCGAGGACCUAGAGAUGGACACCGAGCCGAUACAAGACAGUGGGAUUACAAGCUUCAGGCUAUUUGGAUUUACUUAUCUUUUCUGGUCUCUGCAUCAUAUUCACAAACGAAGUACUACAGUAUUGUCGACUUUGUGCCAAUUUGUUAUGAUGGUCAAUCUCUUGGUGCAAAAUUUUAAAUAUUUGUCUCUUAGUGGUGGUUUCAGAAUUCAAAAAUAUGAGGGAAUGUGUCAUGUCAGUGUUGUUCAAUCUUUACAUGUAGUGUUUAUUUUUUAUUCUUAUUAUUAUUAUUUUUUUUGGGUCAGAUGUAUCCAUAAAUUUAGAAAUGUCGCUAGGAGAUCGUUCUCUAUUAUUAUAUACAAUCCAAACAUUGUGGUGUGUGAAGGGAAACGCCUUAACAUGUUAGUAUGUCGUUGUUAAUUGAUUUAAAGUAGUAGGGCACGUAUUGCCCUUCAGCACUUGU